AUGGAGAGCUCAGGGAUGCUGUAUGGCCUGAUGUGCAUCAGCCUCCUCACAGUUAUCUGCACCGGACAGGUCUCACAGGAAAUAUCCUCAGAGAAUGUCGCUUCACAAAAUUCAGAGAUGUCCACUGAGAGAGAACUUAUCGAAGCCAUGGAAGCCCUUCUGGGGAAGUAUCCGGAGCGCCCGCAUGCUGAGGAGAAGCGAGGGAUUCCAACUUGUCUAACUGGCUCUCGUUGUGCUGUGAGACUGGGUCCUCGCAUUGGGAAACUGUGUGAGUGUGGCAGAGGAAGCAACUGUAACUCAUUCCUCCUUAAGUGCAUCUAA